AUGUUUGAUGUGGCCACGGUGUGGCUCGCAGCAUUGGGUCGUUUGAAAACGCAUACGCAUUACGAAGAGGAGAUUACACUUACAUGUACAGUAGCCGUGCGUCUUGCGAUAAGCGCGUUUGUGAAUGCGUCCAGAGUUCUUGUAAGGCAUAGCUGA